AUGUUCCUGCAACUCCUCGUCGCCACGGUGCUCGCGCUAGGGUCAACAGCCCUUGCGCCAACCGUCACACUCGAAGCCGUGCCGGUCACCGCGCUCGUCGGGCCCUGGGACCAGAUCGGCGCCACGGCCACCUCGGUUUCGAGGGCGGGCGUCGGCGCUGAUGGACUCACGACCUACGUCGAGUACGGGUACGACUCGGGGGUAUUGGACGUCUCGGGGACCGUCGUGCUGGGGACCUUUGCAUUGAAUUCAGACGAGCCGUUCACGGCGACAUUCCGCGAAGACGCAUCGCACUUCGAGGAGGGCACCGCCAGUGUCGGGGGGCUGGACUUCGAGUCGUGCGUAUUCGAGGCAAACACGGAGGGCGUCUGCGUCUACGACAUCUUUCCGGCGAGCUUUCCUCCGACAGCCAAGGCGACCCUCACGGAAACGUUCAGUGGGCUGGUUGUGCCGUUUUAUACGCUCGAUGCGGCAGUAAAUACCGGUGGUUCGAGCUUGAUGUCGGCAACGAGCUCGUCCACAUCACCGGCAAGCUCAGCUACCACCGUUAGUACUUCCGCCCACCAUCCCAAAUCACACACGGGAGCUGUAGCGGGGGGCAUCGUCGUAGGGGCCGUCGUGCUGCUCUGCUCUGGGGGACUGCUGUUCUGGAUUCGACAUCUGCGGCGAAAAUCGAGCAGGGCGUCGACAAGUCCAUUCACCUCACCGGCGCCGACUUUGCCGACUUCCUCCCGCAGAGCGACAGCUGCUGAGAAGCGCCGCCAGCCAGAGCCGGGGCCGAGCACGAGUACGAGCAGGUCGCCUCCCGGCCCAGCUGCAGACGAGGUUGCACCCAUCGCCGAACACGCCCGGGACGACCGGCCCGACUCGGAGCCGGCACAUGUACAAGUCCACGCCCCGCCCGGGCCGCCACUCGCAGCGGCCGCGGCGCUUCCCAACGACGAGCUUGUCCGGAUACUGUAUUCACGCCUCCAGAGCCAGAACACGGGUAUGGCGUUCUAUGGCAACGUUGAUGAGCCGCCGCCUGGGUACCCUGGGUCGGAUGCUGGGACAGAUUGA